UCUUAAUAAAAAUGAUUUUAACGUUGCUACUAAUAAUUUAGAAAAUAAAAGCGGAUUGUAUUUCUAAUUAAUUUUUAACAUUUCCAAAAUAAGUUGAAUUAGCUGAAGUAAAUUUAACAAUCAUAAUGAUUAGGCUGUGAAAACAAUCUAAAUAACAGUAGAAGGAGGAUAUAUCAUUGGUUAUGGAAAUGGGUAUCAAGUGAAAGAUAAAUCAAAAAUAAUAAUUUAGUAAGUACCAUCUGAGAUAAUUUUUGAGCCUUCUUAUUUCGAAAUUUAUUGCCCUGCUAUUCAUUAAUUAUAAAAAAAGAAUAGUAUAAAAUGUGAAAUAUAGUUGAAUAUGGAAGAAGUAGAACCAGAAUUCACUCCAAAGAAGGCUAAAUUUGUUAUUCCAAUAGAAUCGGAUAAAUAAAUCAAAUAUAAUCCACUUUUGGAAAUAUAAAAUAACUUUUAAAUAAGAUUGAUGGAUUUGGCAGAAUAAUUAGAAAAUCUAAUGUAUUAUCUAGAAUAUGAAAAUUGUGACAAUGUUGUCUAUAUAAUUCCAUAACCUUUGUAAAUAUCUUUAACUUAAAUAACUUAAUUGCAAAAAUAUUCGAAAUCAAUACCUGAAGGAGCUUUAACAAGAGAGAUAUCAGAUUCUUACAAAGGAGAAUUGUAUUUAGAAAAUUUCUCUCUAGAUCCUAAAGCUAAUAAUCAUCAUUAUGGUUUAAUUGCAAUCGUUAUUGGAAUAACGGUUUUGGCAGCCAUAAGAGCCUUGACGUAAAAAUUAAUUUUAAUAUUAAUAGUAAAAAAAAGGAGCAAUAAUGCAAUUUGGAUAAACAACCAUUAAAUUAACAUGAACUAUAAAAAUUAACAUGA